AUGAAUCUAAUUGUCCAUCCUCCACUAUUCAGUGGUACCGAUCUAGAAGUCAACAACUGGGCGAAAGUGCUGCCUGGAGAAUUGGCAGAUUCUUGUCAGGCUAGAGCGACGAAAGGUCCGGUGUCUCGUGAUCAGACCACAGCCAAACGAGGAGGCAAGACUGCGAUUUCUCGGGGCCUCGUGAAUGGGCUACUUUCGGUCGGCCAAAAGACAACCCCGCGCUCUCAGUCCUGUAUCCCUCACCGAGGCCAGACCGACGGUCUAGCCAGUCAGCCUAACAGAGUGAACUUUGGAGGUGAUGUGAGGAUGAAAGAAAGCGCCAGACCGGCAAGGUCGGGCAGAGAGACUUUCGUGGUUUUUGAGAACAGCGACGCCGUCUCCACAGACGUCAGUGAAGAGGCUUUGGAUCGACUGGAGACCGAGAUCGGACCAGCCGGAUUGCCUGUAAAUGUGAGGUCAGAAGGUCAAUGCUUUGAUCCGAAUGGUGCACCCGAGCUGAUCUCUUUUGCCCUCAGCCUAUCCCCGAACAACUCGGAGGUCAUGGAUUGCCGAACCAAUGGUCCUGGAUCCUCCAGCCCGCAAGCCUCUUCGGGAGCCAGUCAUGAGGCAAAUGUGGCCAAACAAGGCGUUAAUCCUGCUCGUGUCAAGAACUCACACAACACAAGAACAAAGGUCAAAACCCAAAAUGGAUCCCACCAUCCGGGUGUGUCUGGCAGCUUUGUAUAG